AUGACGAACGAGAAGCAUAUCCUCAUCACUGGAGCCGGAGGCUUCAUCGGACAGGAGCUCGUGGCUCCGCUAUUGGCUUCGUCGCCUGACAUCCAUGUCACCAUCACGGACCUUGUCGAACCACCUGUUCCUCAGGCUGCAGCAAGCGAAGUCGGACGCAUCACGAGCCUGGCAGCAGACUUGACUUCUCCAGAUGUGGUUGACAAGCUCAUAAGGCCUCGCCGCUUCGAGGUCGUGUACCUCCUCCACGGGCUCAUGUCUGGCGGGUCAGAGGCUGACCUUGAGCUUGGCUUGAAAGUCAAUGUCGAUUCAGUCAGAUCUGUUCUCGAUGCGCUGAGGACAAUUUGGCCAGGCACAAAGGUCAUCUUCUCGAGUUCCUGUGCUGUCUACGGACCUUGCGAUGGACAUGUCACAGAAGCGGGGGUUGUACCUCAACCGAGAUCGUCUUACGGCGCAGAGAAGCUCAUCAUAGAGCUACUGCUCAACGACUUUUCCCGCAGGGGACUCCUAGAUGGUCGGAUCGUCAGAUUGCCAACUGUGGUGGUUCGACCAGGUAAACCUUCAGCGGCAGCGUCGAGCUUUGCGUCAGGUAUUGUUCGCGAGUCGCUGCAGGGAAUACCCAACAUCCUCCCCGUGCCCCGCGACAUUGCAAUGUGGAUCUGCAGUCCUGCGACGGUGAUCAAGAACUUGAUCAGAGUCAAGGAGAUUCCUGGUGAAAAGUUUGGGGAGUCGAGGAUUGUGAAUCUCCCAGGCAUCACGGUGACGGUGCAGGAGAUCUUGGAUGCUGUGGAGCAAGUUGGAGGGAAGGAGGCGGUGCAACUCGUCAAGGAUGAAGAGGAUGAGGCGCUUUUCAAGAUUGUGAAGAGCUGGCCGCCGUGGUUUGAUGACUCGAGGGCUAGGGGAUUGGGCCUGGAGGCGGAUGGGACGCUGGUUGAUGCUGUCAAGGCGUUCAAGGCGAGGCUGGGAUAG